AUGUCGCAACCGUGUGGCAGCACUGUAUCCAACACACCACUAGAGGACUUGGCUCCUAGAGUGGGAACUGCAUUACCAAGUUACAAAAAACAGUAUUUCAUGGUUGUGUCUCACAAACGAACUCCACAAGAGAUGGAGAAUGCUGAGCCGUGGUACUCUCAGCAAGUGUAUGCAAAAUACUGGAAGCACUAUGACUUAGCCAUGCGCUGGAUGCGUAGACACCAGAGAGCCUACAGGAAAGCCAUGGAGUCCUUUUAUCACUUCCCAUGGCAUCCUUCUGCAGCUUCUCCAAGUAGCCGCUACUCAGAUUGGGAUGGGAGUGAUCUCCCACAUACCGAAGACUAUUCUUCCAUCUAUAGCCCACAUGACAGAGCUCCGUACCAUGGGGGAGCUCAGCAGUACGCAGAUGCUCACCAAGGGAGGGAGGAUGCUGACGGGGACUCCGAAAUGGAGGAGGACUCUGAGUCUGAAGGGGAGAUAGAAUAUGACUUGAGUAAUAUGGAGAUCACAGAAGAGCUUCGCCAGUUUUUUGCACAGACGGAGAGGCACCGAGAAGAGCUGCGUAAAGAGCAACAGCUGGACACAGUUUUAUAUCGUUUUCAUAGGAGACAAGGUUAUCAAUUUGAUACUCGAUAG